CCAUAAAUUUAAAAAAAUUUUCCUAUAUCUUUAAAUUCUGUACCCUAUCAAACUACAUUAUAGUAAGUAUUAUAUAUAAAUAAAAUGGGACAUAAGAAUGAAUAAAUGUAAAAAAGCAAGAGCGAAAAUGAGAAAUUAAAAGGUUGAGGUGAUUCUACAUAUUAUGGAGAAAUUAGCAGAAGUGAUUCUAAUCCCUUCUCCAGCAAUGGGCCAUGUUGCUCAGAUGCUGGAAUUAGCGAAGCUUUUCUUGAGUCGAAAUCCUCAACUCUCAAUCACUGUACUUAUUAUGAAACUCCCCGAUUACAUCGAUGCCGUCAGUGGCCCUUUCGUCGACUCUGUAGCUGCUUCAUCCUCCUCCGGUCGCCUUCGAUUCUUUGAAUUAACAGCUGCUGAUCCAACCCCAGAAUGGAGCUCGAAAACCCGAGGGCACUUCGUCUACAGAUUAGUACAAAGCCAGAAAUCGCACAUCAGGGAGUUUUUAAUAAGUCAACGCCCUGGUAAUAAUAAACUCGCUGGGUUUGUUGUAGACAUGCUAUGCACUCCAUUGAUGGAUGUAGCAGGCGAGUUUGGGAUCCCGAUCUACGUGCUUUUCACCUCUCCAGCUGCUUUCCUUGGACUGAUGCUUCAUUUCCAGUUUCUUGAAGACGAGUGUUGUCAAGAUGUUUCCAAUUUCAACAACUCGGACAGCAGUAGUCUGUUAUCAUUUCCCAGUUACGCUUGCCCAAUUCCUCCUACUGUAUUGCCGAUGGUCCUAGUAGACAGAGACACAUGGUUAGGAAGAUUUCUUGACUUCGCUCGUGGGUACAGAAAAGCCAAAGGCAUCAUUAUCAACACUUUCGCUGAACUAGAAAUCCAUGCCUUGGAUGCUUACAACAACAACAACAACAUGUCAAGGUCUGAACAGGAACCAUUGCCACUCAUCUAUCCAAUUGGUCCAAUUUUAAACCAGUCAAAAUCACGAUCAGAGUCAGAGGAGGCAGAAACGACUAAUUGGCUGGACGAACAGCCACUGAAUUCGGUUGUGCUGAUCUGUUUUGGGAGCCAAGGAAGUUUACAAGCGGAGCAAGUGAAAGAGAUCGCUAUAGCUCUAGAAAACAUUGGCUGUCGGUUCUUGUGGUCUUUACGUCGGCCACCACAAAGCAACAACGCGCAAUUCCCUGGAGAAUACACGACCUAUUCCGAAAUUUUGCCUCAAGGAUUCCUAGGCCGGACAGAGAAGAAAGGGAAAGUGGUGGGGUGGGUUCCACAAUUGAAGGUGUUGUCCCACGAAGCAAUCGGGGGAUUCGUGUCACACUGUGGGUGGAACUCAAUACUCGAAAGCAUAUGGUUUGGGGUGCCUAUAGCAACAUGGCCAUUGCACUCAGAACAGCAGGUAAAUGCGUUUCAGUUAGUGAAAGAAGUAGGAGUAGCAGUGGAGAUCACUUUGGAUUACUGCGAGAGGAAUAAAGAUCAACCAAUGAUAACUGCAGAAGCUAUUAAAAAGGGGAUAAUGAAAUUGAUGGAAACUAACUCCCCGGUAAGAGAUAAAGCAAAGGAGAUGAAGGAGAAGAGCAGGGGCAGCAUAAUGGAAGGUGGGUCGUCAUACUUGUCCCUUGGGAAACUUAUCGAUGAACUACUCAAUAAUGCAGCUUUGUAACUAUUGAGGUCGUUAUAGUGGUAGUAAAUUGUCUCCUACCCAAUUUGCAGAUCCUUGUUAGUCAAAUCUUGUUACAAGUAUUUUGUUUUUGAGGUCGUCAUAAUGCAGCUGUUGGAAGUUGUGGUACUGGGAAACAUUUGAUUUCAGAGGAUUGACUUAAAUAAUUGGAAAUUUGUCUC